UCCCUUCAUGCAACCUCCACCUUUCAUCACCUUCUCCUCCGACCACGCCACUCUUUCAAUCCCUACCUUUUUUCCUGCGUUUUCCUAUAAAUUCUCUCUUUUCUCCUUCAAAUUCUCCCCAUUUCUGAAUGUUGAUGGGAUCACUCUGGGCGUAGUUUUGAUUAGUUUUGAGGAUUGUUUUUUGUUGGGUUCCAAAAAUUUGUUGAGAUUCUCCUGAAGGGUCGGCGUGGGGAUUCUCGGGUUGGGUCGGGUUGUGAGAGGGGGUUUUCACGGCGGAGAUAGAUUCAUCUUCUGCUUCUUUUGAGGGGGUUGCCGGGGCUCCGGCCUCGGCGGGUUUCAAAGCCCCCACCUGCACAAUCUCUGGAAUCUAAAUUUUUUUCCAUCAAUUCUUAUUUUUUGCGUUUUCUUGACCAGAUUCUUUGUUUUUUAAUCUGGGUUUAGUCGAAAAUUCCUCUGUAAGUAGAUUUCUGAUCCGUUGCUGAAGUGGAGAAGAGGAUGCCGUCCCUGGCUUGCGUAGAUGCUGCCGUCGCGCCUCCCGGGUACGCCUUCUCCGGGGACAACUCCCAUCCCACCGGCGGCGUCUCCUUUCCGUUGUCCUCUCCCGCCGCCGCCGCCGUCGCCACCGACGGGUCCUGUCAUUGGUCGCCGUCGCUCUCCUCCUCGCUCUACCGUAUCGACGGGUGGGGCGCUCCGUACUUCACCAUCAAUUCCUCCGGUAACAUCUCUGUUCGUCCCCAUGGCUCCGAAACUUUACCUCACCAGGAGAUCGAUCUGUUGAAGAUCGUGAAGAAGGUUACCGAUCCCAAAUCCUCUGGCGGUCUCGGUCUCCAGCUCCCACUUGUCGUCCGGUUUCCGGACGUCCUGAAGAACAGGCUUGAGUGUCUCCAGUCGGCGUUCGAUUUCGCGAUCCUGUCUCAGAGCUAUGAAUCUCAUUACCAAGGUGUGUAUCCAGUGAAAUGUAACCAGGAUCGAUUCGUGGUCGAGGACAUCGUCGAGUUCGGGUCGCCGUUCCGUUUCGGGCUCGAAGCUGGGUCGAAACCCGAAAUCCUCCUCGCAAUGAGCUGCCUCUGCAAAGGUAACCCCGAAGCUUUUCUUGUCUGCAAUGGCUUCAAAGACUCUGAAUACAUAUCAUUGGCUCUGCUUGGUUUGAAACUGGGCUUGAACACUGUGAUUGUGCUUGAGCAAGAAGAAGAGCUCGAUCUGGUCAUCGAUCGGAGCGCAAAAAUGAAUGUGAGGCCUGUGAUUGGAAUUCGUGCAAAGCUGAGAACUAAGCACUCGGGUCAUUUCGGUUCGACUUCUGGUGAGAAGGGCAAAUUCGGAUUGACCACGACAGAGAUUGUUCGUGUCGUGAGGAAGCUCGAACAAGUGGGUAUGCUCGAUUGUCUCCAACUCCUUCAUUUUCACAUUGGGUCGCAGAUUCCUACGACGGCGCUUCUCUCCGACGGCGUGGCUGAAGCCGCGCAGCUUUUCUGUGAACUGGUCCGUCUCGGUGCCCACAUGCGAGUCAUCGAUAUCGGUGGUGGUUUGGGGAUCGAUUACGAUGGAUCCAAGUCUGGCGAAUCCGAUCUCUCUGUUUCUUACAGCCUCGAGGAGUAUGCCACGGCUGUCGUCGCCACUGUCCGGUUCGUCUGUGACCGGAGAUCGGUGAAACACCCUGUGAUCUGCAGCGAGAGCGGCAGAGCUAUAGUGUCCCAUCACUCUGUGUUGGUUUUCGAAGCUGUCUCUGCAACUGGCUCGGUCGGACACGCUGUUGAACAGACCGAUCUCCAGUUCCUGCUCGAUGGGCACUUGGAGGAAGCUCGAACCGAUUACCAGAACCUCUACUCAGCCGCCGUUAGCGGUGAGUACGAAAGCUGUCUCCUUUACGUUGAUCAGUUGAAGCAGAGAUGUGUUGAAGGGUUCAAAGAUGGAUUGGUGAGUAUAGAACAAUUAGCUGCUGUUGAUGGAUUAUGCGAAUGGGUCUCGAAGGAAAUCGGUGAAUCGGAUCCUGUCGGAACAUACCAUGUAAAUCUAUCCGUGUUCACUUCAAUCCCGGAUUUCUGGGGGAUCGAGCAGUUGUUUCCUAUAGUUCCCAUUCAUAAGCUCGAUCAGAGGCCAGGAACGAGAGGGAUUCUCUCAGAUUUAACGUGUGACAGCGACGGGAAGAUCAACAAGUUCAUCGGCGGUGACUCUAGCUUGCCAUUGCACGAGCUCGACAACAAUGGCGGGGGGUAUUAUCUGGGAAUGUUCUUGGGUGGGGCCUAUGAGGAGGCUCUUGGUGGAGUCCAUAACUUAUUCGGAGGGCCAAGCGUGGUUCGAGUCACGCAGAGCGAUGGUCCUCACAGCUUUGCGGUGACUCGAGCCGUGCCUGGUCAGUCCUGUGCGGAUGUCCUCCGGACAGUGCAGCACGAGCCCGAGCUCAUGUUCCAGACCCUUAAGCACCGAGCCGACGAGUUCGGUAAUAACGACUGCGGCGAUGAUGAUAAUGUGGCCGCAGCAUUACUCGGGCGUUGUUUCGAGAACAUGCCGUAUCUCGUGACGGAGAAUGUGUUGGCCACGACAUGCUCUCUGACCGCGGCGAUCAACAACCUCGGGUUCUGCUACUGCGACUGCGACGAGGAUGUGGACGAGAACUGGUCUGACUGCGGUGCAUGAGAACUGGUGGAUUGGCGGUUCACGUUUGCGUCUGUCUUCGGCCGUUUGUCAUAUCUCUAGUUACGUUUUAUCGUUAUUGUUUUGUUUUUGCAUGAAAUUCGCGGUGUUGUUCUUUCCUGCCCUAAAACCCUAGCGUUUACUACGCCAGUCGCUGUUUUAAGAGCAGGGAGCCUAAUAAUUAAAUUUAGGAUCUUUAUCUGUAUCCAAUAUCCAUGCUUUAUGUUUUAUUUAAUUUAAUUUUUGCAUUAAAUGAACUGUUCCGGUUUCUCGUGA